UUGUCUCAUCUCUCUCAAACUCUUCUUCAAAAAGUCCCUAUACAAGCCACAUUCUCUCUCUCUCUACACAUCUACACACAUAUAUACAUGUUUCUAGGGUUCUGAUUCGAUUUCAUUUUGUAUAUUCAUCGAUUUCCUCAACUGGGUCUCAUCGUUUUUCGUCAUCAAGAUGCUCCAAUUCAAGACUAUGAAGAAGAAAAUGUGGAUGUUCUCUCUUUGAUAUCUUCUCACGAACAAUCCCACUUGCCCUCUUUCGCGUUAUGGAAGGUAUGACCACACACACAACCACCACAACAUCACUACCCACUUCUCAUAAACUCAAUUUUCGCCUUCGAAUCCUCUCUUUCUGGUUCGCACCCACCACUCGCCCUCCUGGUGUCGACGAUCCUUAGAAUUUUAUUGCUAAUUUCUAUACUCUGAUUUAUAUUGAAAUAUGAGUUUAUAUUCUUGGAAAUCGAGCAAUUCGGAUUUUGGGUCCAAUUGUUUGGGGAUGUUUGAGAAUUUAGGUGGGUUUAGUGAGAAUUGGGGAGGUGGGUCGAAGUCGGUUUCGCAAUCUUUGGUGUUGGAUAGUGAAGGGUGUGAGCUUGUGAAGACUCCACCAGUGAGAGUUGGGAAGAAAAGUGGGGCUUCAGAGGAGAAAGUUAUGGCUGCUUUGAAGAAUCAUAGUGAGGCAGAGAGGAGGAGGAGAGAGAGGAUUAAUGCUCAUCUCGGCACGCUUUGUGGCCUCGUGCCUCGCACUGAAAAG